UUUGAGGUUAUGAAGUUGUUUCUAUUAUUAUUACAACGAUUACAAAACUAUUGAAUAUUAGAAAUUCAUAAUAUUAUUUGCAUUUAAUAUGCUUACAGCAAUUAGGAACACUUUGCGUAUUCCCGCUAUAAAUAUAGGACGGUUAUUUCAAACUUCAGCACCACUAGCGACUGAAAAAUUCGAUCACAAACGUAUACCCCAAGAAGAUGAGGGUGUACAAGGCGAAAAGAUAAUUGAUCUGGAUUCUGUUCUUAAAGCAAAACAAUCCCUAUUCCCGACCCUCGAAUCAGAAAACACACUAUUUGAUGGGGUGCCAUACAAACAACUACCCAUUUGUAAUAUAAGAGUAACACAUAAUAACACCGUGUUCACAAUGACCGAUGCAGCAGGAACAGUCAAACUUAUCAGAUCUUGUGGCAUUGAAGGGUUCAAAAACACAAAAAAGGGCACAAACAUAGCAGCUCAGACUACUGCUAUUAGUAUUGCAACGAAAGCUAUUGAUCGAGGUGUGAAGACUAUCAGAGUUCGUGUUAGAGGAUUAGGCCCAGGAAGACUGGCGGCAGUAAAAGGACUACAGAUGGGUGGUUUGGAAGUGGUAUCAGUAACAGAUAAUACUUACGUAUCAUGGAAUCCUCCAAGGCCAAGGAAAGCAAGGAGACUUUAGUUUGUACUGAUGUUAAUAAUGUAUAUUUAUCAUUUAUUAUCUAGUUAAAAAAAAUUAUAAU